AUAGCCUGUCCGUCCUUUUUCUACGCAAGUAAAUGUUUGCCGCACGUAGUAGUAUUUCAUUGUGAGAUCCACCCGUUUGCACCGUGUUUGCCUCAAAUUUAAGCUAAUAGCAACUUUAGCAAAGUCACCGUAAUGCCCCGGCCUUUCAUAAUAACUGUCAAUAUGAAGCUUUGAGGGGGCAAAAACACGCUUACUACAGCAGCAUUCUCACACUCCGUAUGCUUUGAAGAACGCCCCAAAAAUAGGGUUUCACCCUUCGUAUCUGGAGGACCCUUCAUAGAUAUUAUUUUUCCCCUUGACCUGCUUGUCUUUUUCUAGGCAUCUUUUGUUUAGUUGUAAGCAGUAUUACAUUGCGAGAUCGACUGGUUUGCCACUUGUCCCCUCACAUCACAUUUUAGAAGGGUCGGUGUCAAUCCUGUCUGUUGAUGGAUACUUCCAUUCCAUGUAACAGAUCAGAUAGCAGUGCAAUCUUUUGAGCAAUCGGUCUAUUUUUACCAUUUAAAACAACACAAAAAAUGGAUAAGAUUCCUCAAUCAAGACAGACUUAAUCAUGUUAACAUCUCAAUGGUGGAGGUUCUUAUCAACAAAGAUAAAUUAGACAGCCAGCUGCCACCACAUUCCACAUCCCUCAUGUAAUAAUGUUAAGACAAGAACAUGGACGCGGUCGAUCGGUCGGUCCAAGACGGUAUUUUAUUUUUGAGGAAAACGGUACAACUCUGCUGUGUAUUUUUAUUGCAUGCAUGCAUGCAUACAUGCGCGCACUACUGCUGCAGCAUGUUACUAGCUAGCCUACAAUAUAAUAGUAAAGUGUAAAACCAAUCCUACGGCCGGAAUUUGUGUGCUACAGUAGUAGGUGGAUAUGGGCUGCUGUGCCGCAGCAGCUUCACUGAAUUAUUGCUGACUUUCCGCAAAGAAAAAUGAAUUAUUGCGGAGGAUGUUGCCAUCACCGGGGGACGGCAUGUCCUUUGCCAAGGGAACGAGCGAGACGUCAAGACCACAUUGUACGAUGGUAUAGAGACGGCCCGAGAUCGACGUGGCCGAACGGACCACCACGCUUUUGAGUAAAGGAAAUAAAAUAACAGUUUUGCUAAAGUACAUCUAGAUGUAUCAUAAGUAUUGCACAUCUAAGUCAUAUGUCAUUGAUCUUACAUUAAGAUUCGUGUAAAUAUUUUCUUUUCUCCUUUUCUUUUUCUUUUAUGCUUGAUUCACUCACUUAGAUGUGCAAUAACUAGAGCACAUCUAAAUGUGCCCUAAACACACCCACAAAUAAUAAUAACAAGAGAAAGAGAGAUAGAGAGUUUUAGCAUUUUUUUAAAUGAACAUACGAAUAAGUAGUUAGCUAAUCAUUUUAAAAAUGGUAAUAUAAACAACUAGCUGGUUAUAUCUAUGACUAGCAUGUACGUACGGAGGCCUAUAUAUUCAUGAUGUGAUCUGAUACUCAAUAACUUCAAUCAUGAGGCAGGUCAAGGAAGAGAACAGAGAGUAUUCGCAAAAAAAAGAGAAAGAGAACACAAAGUUUGAAUUUGUGGCAUAAUGUUUAAACAAAUUAAUUCUUGGUGAAACGUUUUUUGUGGGAUUUUUUUUUGCAAGAAGUUUCUACCAGUAUAGGGUAGAAAGCAAGAGUUUCAGAUUCCUAACCUUAUCAAGGUCAUAUCCCAUAAAAAGAAGCAUAUCAUUCGCGAGGAUAUCAUUCUCAUCCGUGGUAACUUAUGAGAUAUCAUCUGUUUUUGUCUCGUCGAUUGUGAAGGUCCGUCCAUCUGAAGCACCGAGAGACUUAUAGUAUCCGCGGUGAUAUAUCGUUUCAACUCUGCCCGACCCUCGAUCUGCCCCGCAUCCAGGUUAAAAAUACACUUCUUCCCGUGCCGCCUAUUGGCGACCAUAUCGAAACAUCGUGUGUUGUUAUCUUACUAAAAAAGAAUGGGCUUUGGAUCUUUGGUACCAUUUGAUUUCCUCUUCUCGCAAUAGACGUGCAAUCUGCUUAUUGGAUUGAUUUUUCAUAUCAAUCUCCUGAUGAGACAAAAAUGCAUGUCUCACCAAUGUUAUCGAGGUCAUCAAUGAUAGUGAGUUUCGCUCAUCGAUAUAGGAAUUGCCUAGUGGCCCCAAUUUUGUAAUUUCAUCUAUGGAUAGGCGAUCAACAACGGUGGGUCUCUCGCAUACAUUCUUAAUUAAGUCUGCAAAGUCAUCCUAUUGUAACUAUCCCAAUUCAAAUUUGAAUGAGCGGCGAGUGGCAGGGGACCGAGUAGAGUUAGUAUCAGGAAUAAUGGACACAUGGUCAUAAAGUAUCUCAAUACGCUCUAGGACACACCACACACAUGGUCACAAAAGGAAACUUCAAUUUCUAUUAUGUACCUGUGUGCAUUCAUAAGGAUGAGUGCGUGUGCGUAUAUAUGAGCGUUUGCGUCUGUAUUGCGUUAAAAAAACACAAGCAACUUGCCGCGUUCCAUAAGAACUGCCAAUAUGAAGUUUCAAGGGGGCAAAAGAGAACGUAGCAGAGUCAUUAUCGCCUUCUCGCGCUCCAUAUGUUUUGAAGAACACUCCAAAAGGGUUCAACCUUUAUGUCUAGAGGACCCUCCAUGGAUAUUUUUCCUUGGCCUGUUUGUCUUGUUCUAAUUAAGCAGCUACUGUUAGUUGUAAGUGGUAUUUCAUUGCGAGAUCGACCGGUUUGCCACUUGUCCCCCCAUAAUUAAGAAGGGUCGGCGUCAAUCCUUUUUGUUGAUCGAUACUUCCAUUCCAUGUAAAAUGAGUCUAGAUACAUCCGUAUCUAGACAAAUCCAAGACAAGUAAUUCGGAACGGAGGGAGUAACAAUCAGCAGUGCAGCCUUUUGAGCAAUCUAUCAACUUUUACCAUUUAAAGCAACAGAAAAAGUGGAUGAGGUUGCUCAAUAUAGACAUAAUCAUGUUAACAUCUCAACGGCGGAGGUUCUUAUCAACACAGAUAAAUUAGACAGCCAGCUGUCUCCACAUACCUCAUGUGACAUACUCCUACGUUAGAUCAUGUAGUAUAUUGUUAUGUUAGAUAAGGCCGGGCAUAGACGCGGUCGGUCGGUCCAAGAAGGUACUAGUACCAUAUACAGUAUAUUAGACUUAGUUUCUUCUUCUCGGUAUCACCGUCGACUGGACCAAUGUCCAAAGCCAAGAUGGUUUCAUGAGCAGCAGCCAGCAGGCGCUGCUGCUGCAGCAAAUGAAUUAUUGCUGAGGAUGCUGCCAUCACGCCGGGUCCGCACUCCGCAGGUCGCUCGCCAAGAGGAGGAGACGUCAAAACCACAUUGUACCAUAGAAUAGAGACCGGCCGAGAAUCGACCUGGGCGGACGCACCGCCGCUCUCUCCCGGAGUUGCACUGUUGCGGAAGGCGACGCGGUGCCGGUGAGCGAACGAAAUAAUAAUAGAAAGAGAGUGUUUUGACAUUUUUAAAACAUGAACAUAUGAAUAAGUAGUUAGUUAAUCAUUUUAAAACGGACAUAUAAACAACUAGCUAGUUAUCUAUAACUAGCAUGUACGUACUCAAGCCUAUAGCGUCAUGAUGCGAUCGAUGUGACAUUAAAUAACGCCAAUCAUGAUUCAUACAUGAGGCAGGUCAAGGAAGUUUGGAUGCGAGGCAUAAUGUUUAGAUCUUUUUAUUUCUUGGUGAAACAGUUUUCAUGAAUAUAUUGGUGGAAACAUAUUAAACAAUACCGAGAGAUAGUAAGUUGAAGAGGGGGGGAAACUAUAGGGAUAGAUAUUGUGUAGUAAAGCUAGCAGCACAAGUGCGCUGAUCACCUAUCUACAGCUCAAGCUGAAUAAAGCGUGGUUGAAUAAAGUGGGUGGGAUUUUGCACAUCAAAGCUGGACGUUUUUCUUUCGCUAAAGGGAAAUUAUGGGCUCCAGAAGGUGGUGCUUUGCUUGCACGAUCUGCUACGUUGGAGUUUAACCUUUCGAGGUUCACGAGGUCGACACUUGUGUACGUCGAAAAUCAAGCGUAUACUACCGUUAAUAGAAUUCUAAAUAUACUCCCACCUUGUAUAAAUGCAAUUAAAUCUUCCAAAUAAAGGAAAAAAAUAUGAUGUGAUGAGAUAAUUAAUAGGAGAGAGCAGAGUUUGAUGACUCCAUGAAUAGACCAUGUUAGCCAAGCGUACCUAAGCGGAAACAUAAUUUACUGCCUACAACUAAUUAAUAGGGUUGAUCAAAAUUGACGACCUCCAGCGAAGAGCGCCUUUGCCUUUCCAACUGCUCAAUUGUUUCUCUAAGCACUCAAGGACAUGUUCUCACUCCGUAUUAGUGAGAGGACGAUAAUGAAUCAGAAUUCUCAAAUAUUUAAUCGGGAAUUGACCUUGUGCGCAACCAAUUAGGUCAGCAUAUUGUGUAUCCGCCUCUUUGACUUCUCCAAAACAGAAGAACUCACUUUUAUGAGAGUUAAUCUUGAGACCUGACAUUUGCUCAAAAUCUGAAAGCAAGAGUUCCGAAUUCCUAGCCUUAUCAUGGUCAUCUUCCAUAAAAAGAUGCAUAACAUUGUCUUUCAGCUUUUGAGGCUAGGAUAUCAUUCUCCUAUGCUUUCACAUAGGUACGUGAGGAUAUCAUUCUCAUCUAUCGUAACUUAUGAGACAUCAUGCGUUUGGGUCUCGUCGACUGUGAAGUGCCCUUCAUCUGAAAUCCCGGAUAGAGACUUAUAGUUUCAACUCUGCCUGAUCCUCGAUCCAUUCCACAUCCAGGUUAAGAAUAUACUUAUUCCUAUGCCGCCCAUUGGCCAUAUGAAAACAUCAUGUAUUGUUAUUUCACUAAAGAAAUGAAUAGGGUUUGGAUCUUUGGUACCAUUUGACUUCCUCUUCUCGCAAUAGACGUGCAAUCUGCUCAUUGGAUUAAUUUUUUAUAUUAAUCUCUUGAUGAGACAAAAUGCAUGUCUCAAUAGACGUGCACUCGAGAUUGUUAUCGAGGUCAUCAAUAAUAGUGGUAAGGUGUUGCUUCUUUUGACAUACCACUAGUGUGUUUCUCCCAUCCAGAUAGGAAUUGCCUAGUGGUCGCGAUUUUAAAAUUCCAUCUCUGAAUAAGAGUUCAACAAUGGUGGGCCUCUCCCAUACAUUCUUAAUUAAGUCUGCAAAAUCAUUCCGUUGUAACCAUCUCAAUUCAAAUUUGAAUGAGCGGCGAGUAGCAGGGGAGCUAGUAGAGUUAGAAUCAGGAAUGAUAGAUGGGCACAUGGUCAUAAAUUGUCUCAAUACGCUUUAGGGCGCGCACACACACAUUCACGAGAGGAAACUUCAAUUUUCAUUCUACCCGAUCGAGUUUCUCGUAUGUCGGCACCAAACUAUUAUUAGCCCAAGUGUACCGCCGCCCUGAGAUAAUGCCUUCCCAAAGAUUCAAACUGCCAAUCACAAUGGUUAAUAAGAAAGGCUAGUGAGUGUCAAAGCAAUCGUCACCACAUCGUCAGUCUAACAUACGUUGCGCAUAGAACAUGGAAGAGCAAACAUGCAUAUGAUUGCUUUUCCAGUUAGCCAAUCGAAACUUGAAAACAAUAGGAAUGGUCAAUGGUUGCCUGGGGGAGUCCAUGUGGGGUUCUCAAUAGAGAGAUAUUAGACCAUGUCUAUAAUAAGGCUACUGGCGAGACCUGUAAGUAAGAUCACACCCACUAACAAGAAAAAUAAGGACAAUCACUUAGCACAUUCCUUCUACUUAGAAGCAAGCAAGAUCAUCGCUUACCUGUCAAAAAAUAACGAGACCAUCGCGUACACUCUAUCCCUUCUUCUCCGUAGAAAGCAAGAAACACUAUAGUGUACAGUGUACAAUCAUCUGCAUGUAUUUGUCGCUCAAAUUGAUGUAUCUAGUAUGUAGUACUACAAGAAAAGACGAUGUGAUCAGAACAGGUUCUCGUACUCAACUAAUUGUCCCAUCAGGAGGGAGGGGUUGACCCGAUUAAACACAGAAAUGGGUAGUGGAAUAAUGCCUGCGGUGCAGAAUAUCACGAGGGCGGGAAUAAUGCUAUUCCCAAGCCCAACUGAAGGAGAAGACCUUACCGUAGGUAGGCUUUUGACUUUUGAGCCCUGCACUGCAGCGCACAUGUACCCUGCCGCGCCUUCUGGAAGGACGGAAGCCGAGCAACCAUACGUUGUAGAUGUACGUCUGCAAACAAGCUACCUAGAGACGAGCCCAUCCCAUUCCACCACCUCUCCCCAUUUCAAAGUCGACAUCCUCUUCUUCUCCCCCCGCUCUCUCUCUCUCUCUCUCUCUCUCUCUCUCUCUCUCUGCGAGGGCCACCAUGAACGGCAAGGGCGGAGACGGCGGAGGAGGGCACGAGAGCGGCGGGAGCGACGACGACAUGGACAUGCGGAAGCCACUGCUGGUGAACACGGGAAGCUGGUACAAGAUGGGGUCCAGCCUCACGGCGUCCUCCUCCAUGGCCAUGAUGCGCGAGUCCCACGUCUCCGCACUCCUCUGCACGCUCGUCGUGGCGCUCGGCCCCAUCCAGUUCGGCUUCACCGGCGGCUUCUCCUCGCCGACGCAGGACGCCAUCACCCGCGACCUCAGCCUCUCCAUCUCCGAGUUCUCGGUGUUCGGCUCGCUCUCCAACAUCGGCGCCAUGGUGGGCGCCAUCGCCAGCGGCCAGAUGGUGGAGCACGUUGGCCACAAAGGGGCGUUGAUGAUCGCUGCCAUUCCUAACAUCCUCGGCUGGCUCGCCAUCUCCUUGGCAAAAGACACUACGUUUCUGUAUACGGGGCGAUUGCUUGAAGGAUUUGGUGUUGGUAUCAUAUCCUACACGGUGCCCGUAUACAUAGCAGAGAUUUCUCCUCGGAACAAGAGGGGCGCUCUAGGUUGCGUGAACCCGUUGUCUGUAACUCUUGGGAUGGUGUUGGCCUAUGUGCUCGGCAUGCUUGUUCCUUGGAGGAUGCUUGCGGUGAUAGGAACCUUGCCAUGCACAAUAUUGAUACCUGGCCUACUCUUCAUUCCAGAAUCUCCAAGAUGGCUGGCAAAGAUGAACAAGAUGGAUGAUUUCGAAGCCUCCCUACAAGUUUUGAGAGGAUCUGAGACUGACAUCACCUCAGAAGUGAAUGAUAUAAAGACAGCAGUAGCAUCAGCAAACAAAAUGACGGCGAUUCGUUUCCAAGAGUUAAACCAAAAGAAAUUCCGCAUGCCCUUGAUACUUGGAAUUGGCCUGCUUGUACUACAACAGCUAAGUGGGAUCAACGCCAUACUGUUUUAUGCAGGCAGCAUCUUCAAAGCUGCAGGUGUUACAAACAGCAACUUGGCCGCAUGUGGAGUUGGAGUUAUUGGGCUUCUUGCCACUGGAGCUACAACCUGGUUGCUAGACAGAGCUGGCCGGCGGAUCCUACUUAUUAUCUCUUCUGCCGGAACGACCCUAAGCCUUCUUGCAAUUGCCGUCAUAUUUUUUCUCAAGGACAACGUUUCACAAGAUUCUGACAUGUAUUACAUAUUAAGCAUGGUCUCCUUGUUUGCUAUUGUGGCUUAUGUGAUCACCUUCUCCUUCGGUAUGGGCGCCAUUCCAUGGGUCAUAAUGUCUGAGAUCCUGCCGGUUAGCAUCAAGAGCCUCGCGGGAAGCUUCGCGACGCUCGCCAACUGGCUGACCUCCUUCGGGAUAACAAUGACAGCAAACUUGCUGCUCAGCUGGAGUGCUGGAGGUACCUUUGCGUGCUACACGCUCGUGAGCGCGUUCACCCUCGUGUUCAUCAUCCUCUGGGUGCCGGAGACGAAGGGAAGAACUCUAGAGGAGAUACAGUGGUCGUUCCGGUGAGCUCGGUCCGAAGUUUUCACAGUAUAUAUGUCGGAAUUAUUCUUCAAGCCGGGCAUCGUCUUCUUUUUACUAGUCCGAUUGCUCGAUGAAGGCCAAUCAUACAAAAGAAAAGGAAAACUGUGUCGUCUGUAUUCCUGUACAGCCAUUGUUUCAGACGACUUUGUAAAGGGGGCAUGUAAUUAUUAUGCUCUGUUCUCUUCUCUGGGCUCCGUGCAGGUGCAGCUAGUGGUCAGCUCCCACUGUGAUACCCCCCGCAAAAAAAAAAAACGUUGAGAUUGUCCUGCUCUGUUCCAAACUUUUACUGCUAGUUCAAAGUGUUCAUGUGAACGUGGUGAAUAUUUGUGCCAUUAUGACAUACACCUUAUCUGAAAAGGAAAAAUUGCCCUGA